CCUCACCCUCCUUCAGACCAGCCAGCCUCCACCAUGUGUCACACCAGCUGCUCUUCAGGCUGCCAGCCAUCAUACUGUGUAUCUAGCCUCUGCCAGCCAUCCUGCUAUGUGUCCAGCCCCUGCCAGUCAGCAUGCUGCAGGCCUGCUAUAUGCAUUCCUGUAAGAUACCAGGUAGCCUGCUGUGUGCCUGUGAGCUGCAGGCCCACUGUGUGUGCUGUCCCCUCCUGCCAGUCCUCUGUGUGUGUGCCUGUGAGCUGCCGUCCUGUCUGUGUGACGUCCUCCUGCCAGUCAUCUGGAUGCUGCCAGCCCUCUUGCCCCACCCUGGUCUGCAGGCCUGUCACCUGUAGCACCCCCUCCUGCUGCUGACCAG